UCUGCCAGAAACUUGUAGAAGUUUUACACUUCACCGAGUGGGAAGUCUGCUUGUUGUUGCUCCUUUUAUUUUACAGGGUUCGUUUACUUGAAAAGAAGUUUCUGCUGUUCACCAGAGGCUGAAAGCGAGCCAAGAUGUUGUGCCCAUGGCAUUUUCUAACGAAACCCAAGUACAGGGGCAAGUACGAGCCUGGAGUCAGCAAAACGGCGGAUGUGAACAACAACGAGGAGAAAAGCUUCGGCAAUGGGUUCAUCCAGUAUCCUAAGGACCCGUCUCCCCCUGAGCCGCAUCACAGCAGUGAGACCAGGCGCUGUCCUUACGCACCCAAAUUUGUGAGACUACUUAACAUGGAGAACGGGGCGAUGCUGCAGGAUACCCUCCAUCAGAAAGCAGUGAGGAAAAUGCCGUGCCAGUCUGCGACAUGCAGGGGAUCGCUCAUGAACCCGAAAGCAAUGACCAGAGGACCUCGGGAUAAGCCUGUCCCGCCAGAGGAGAUCCUGCCCCAGGCUUUGGACUUCAUCAAUCAAUACUACCAAUCCUUCAAAAGCCCCAAAACUGAAGAGCAUCUAGCUCGCAUUGAGCAAGUGACAAAAAGCAUCACAGACACGGGCACAUACGAUCUGACCAUGGAAGAGCUGAUAUUUGCCUGCAAGCAAGCUUGGCGCAACGCUCCUCGUUGCAUUGGCCGUAUCCAGUGGUCCAACCUCCAGGUGUUUGAUGCUCGCAAAUGCACCACCGCAAAGGAGAUGUUCCAACACAUGUGUCGGCAUUUCAAGUACGCGUCCAAUGACGGCAACUUAAGAUCCACCAUCACCAUCUUCCCUCAGAGGACCGAUGGAAAGCAUGACUUCAGGAUAUGGAACAGUCAAUUAGUCAAAUACGCAGGGUAUCAGAUGCCUGAUGGCUCCAUCAUUGGGGAUCCAGCUGGAGUUGUAUUCACACAGCUGUGUGUAAACUUGGGCUGGACACCUCGCUACGGCCGCUUUGAUGUGCUUCCUUUAGUCAUUCAAGCCAACGGUCAAGAUCCAGAAGUGUUUGAAAUUCCACCGGAACUGGUCCUUGAAGUAGAGUUCGAGCAUCCAACAUUUGAGUGGUUCAAGGACCUGAACCUCAAGUGGUAUGCUCUUCCUGCUGUAGCCAACAUGCUGCUUGAAGUUGGAGGCCUGGAGUUUCCUGGAUGCCCUUUUAAUGGCUGGUACAUGAGUUCUGAGAUUGGUGUUCGAGACUUCUGUGACGUUCAGCGAUACAACGUGUUGGAGGAAGUGGGAAAGAAAAUGGGAUUGGAGACAAACAAGUUGUCAUCUCUGUGGAAGGACAAGGCCUUGGUGGAGAUUAACAUCGCUGUGCUCCACAGUUUCCAGAAGAAGAAUGUCACCAUCAUGGACCACCACACUGCCUCCCAGUCCUUCAUGAAGCACAUGGAGAAUGAGUUUCGGCUGAGAGGAGGCUGCCCUGGCGACUGGGUCUGGCUGGUGCCACCAAUAUCUGGAAGCAUCACGCAGGUGUUCCAUCAGGAGAUCCUGAAUUACAUCCUCAGCCCCUUCUUUUAUUAUCAGAUUGAGGCUUGGAAAACACACAACUGGCAAGAUGAAAGACUGAGACCAAAGAAGAAUGAGAUCAAAUUCAAACAAUUAGCAACGGCCGCACUUUUUUCUUCUGCUCUGAUGAGGAAGACCAUGGCCAAGAGGACAAAAGCAACAAUUCUGUACGCCACAGAAACAGGAAAAUCAGAAACCUUUGCCAAAAGGCUGUCCACGUUGUUCAACGGUGCUUUCAAUGCCAAGGUCGUCUGCAUGGAUGACUAUGAUAUGAAUAGUCUAGGCAAUGAGUCUCUGGUCUUGGUGGUAGCAAGUACCUUUGGAAAUGGAGAUUCACCUGGAAAUGGAGAGAUGUUUAAGAAAGCCUUGUUUUCCAAGAAGCUGUUGAAGGGAUACAAAUUCAGGUACUCCAUCUUUGGCCUGGGAUCUCGCAUGUACCCACAAUUCUGUGCUUUCGCCCACACACUUGACAAGAAGCUGGAACAGCUCGGAGCCGUCCGCAUGUCACCAACAGGAGAAGGAGAUGAACUCGGCGGGCAAGAGGAGUCCUUUGUGGACUGGGCCAUCACCACAUUCAAGACAGCCUGCAAAGUCUUUAAUGUGCGGGGUAAUGUGGAGCUUGGACAGUUCAAGAUGGCCUCUAAAAAUAGUGUGUGGGAUCCCAGCCGGUACAGAUUCGUAAUGGAGUCCAGGUCACUGGAUCUGUGUUCAGUUAUCUCCAAAAUGCAAGGAAAGAAAAUUCUGCCAAUGAAGUUAAAAUCAAGGAAGAACCUGCAGAGCUCAGAAUCCAGCCGUUCUACCAUCCUGGUCGAGCUGACCUGCGAGGAUCCUGAGAACCUGCAGUAUCUGCCUGGGGAGCACGUCGGAAUUUUCCCUCGCAAUCAGGAGGACCUCGUCGCCAACCUGAUCAAGAGGCUGAAAGAGACACCAACUCCACAUCAGUGUGUCCAAGUGGAGGUUAACAAUGGCAACAGUGCCAAGGACUGGAAAGUUGAUGAAAGGAUCCCAGCGUGCACUCUUGAAGAGGCCUUUACGUAUUUCUUGGACAUCACCACUCCACCUUCUCAACACCUCCUGAAGAAGUUUGCCCAACUGGCUGCGGAGGAAUCAGAGAAGAACCGGAUACUGGAACUGAGCCAGAAUUCCCAGGAGUAUGACAAAUGGAAGUCCUUCCACAGCCCCAACAUCCUGGAGGUCCUGGAGGAAUUUCAGUCCAUCCAAUGCCCCGCCAUGUUCCUCUUCACCCAGUUAAUGUUGCUGAAGCCCAGAUAUUACUCCAUCAGUUCGUCACUGGAUAUGAACCCAGGAGAAGUCCACCUGACUGUUGCAGUUGUGAACUACAAGACUAGAGAUGGACAAGGCCCCAUGCAUCAUGGCGUCUGCAGUACCUGGCUCAACGUUGUGGAAAAAGAUGAGCUGGUCCCAUGUUAUGUGCGCAGUACUGCAGGAUUCCAUCUUCCAAAGAACCAAUCGAAGCCCUGUAUACUGGUGGGCCCGGGAACAGGGAUCGCUCCAUUCCGAAGCUUCUGGCAGCAGCGGCAGCAUGACUUUGAGAAAAAAGGAAUCAAAGGUGGGUCCAUGACUUUGGUGUUUGGAUGUCGGGAUUCACAAAAGGAUCACAUUUAUAAAGAAGAAACACUGGAGCUUAAGGACAAAGGUAUCCUGAAGGGUGUUUACACAGCUUACUCCAGGGAGCCAGGCAAGAAAAAGACUUACGUGCAAGAUAUUCUUCGGGAAAAGCUGGCGCCUGAAGUCUACAAGGUACUGCAUGAAGAAAAAGGACAUAUCUACAUCUGUGGCGAGAUCAAGAUGGCACAGGAUGUCACCGAAACCCUAAAGGCCAUCAUCGCCAAGCAGGGAGAUAUGAACACCGAGGACGCUGAGGAGUUCCUCACAGAAUUGAAGAACCAGAAGCGUUACCACGAAGACAUCUUUGGGGCAACUUUCCAGAAAUAAUGACACCGAUGAUACAACUGAUACCAAAGACAAGUCUCCCACAAACAUUAUUAAUGAAGGAAAAGACUUGAUAACAGGGCUUCAUUGUGCUGCUUUUUUGUACUCCAGAUAUCUGCUUGCUACUGUAUGGACCAAAAUGGACCUCGUUUUUAUUGCAAUAUAUAGCAUUCAAACUCACACAUGCAUUUACAAACAUAAGUGGAAAUCUAAAGAGGUUUAAAGCAGUAAUUUGCACUUACACAUGAAACCUGUUGCAAUUGCCUUUAAUAACUGUACAGGAAAAAUGUUCGGGAUCAGUUUUUCAAAUCUAAAUUCGCAAAUAGGACAAACAUUGCAAGAAAGAGCUGAUAAAGUUCAGAUUUGCCAUGCACUUUGUAAGAGUGAAUAUGCAAUAGCCAUAAUAUGGUAAGUGGCAGCUGGCUGCUAUGUGUAAUAAUUGAUGUGUAAUAGUAAAUUAUGAAUUUUAAUAAAGCACUUUGAAUUGUAUCUGUCUUGCUUUGUGAUUCUGACAACACUUCUGUAACCACAAAGGUCAGCUUAAACAGUCCUUCUCACAGUGCGGAGUGAGGGGGAGCAGAAGGGGAAGUCGACACUGAGAUUUUGGAAUGGAUCAACACCAUCCAAGCAGACUUGAGAAGAUAAUUCGCUUUGAGAUGGCCAUAGCUCAGUAUUAACACUGAGUCAGAGAUCAUGGAUUCUGUCCCAUUAUAUGAUUCAUUGGAGCAAAAAAAUUGCAGACACUGGAAAU